AAAACGCAAACCGGCGUCCAAUUGUAAUCUUAACCCUACAAUUCUUAUCAUAAAUCGUCAAGUAUUCGAACAAUCGCAAAAUGUUGUUCUAUUCCUUCUUUAAAUCACUAGUUGGUAAAGAUGUGGUAGUUGAGCUUAAAAAUGAUUUAAGUAUUUGUGGUACAUUACAUUCAGUGGAUCAGUAUUUAAAUAUUAAACUAUCUGAUAUUAGUGUAACUGACUCAGAAAAGUAUCCACACAUGUUAUCUGUGAAGAACUGCUUUAUCAGAGGAUCAGUGGUGAGAUAUGUUCAGUUACCUGCUGAUGAAGUGGACACCCAACUUCUACAAGAUGCAGCCAGGAAGGAGAGUGCUGUACCAACUCGUUAAUAACAUGAAAUACUGUGUCAGGAAGUUCAUUUUCCAAUUAUAAUAUAAGAAUUAUAUAUUUUUUUAGGUUUCAA